ACCAUUAGCGUCCCGCGCGGGGGGAGCCCCCAGAAGCGGGAAUGCACCACUGCGGCGUCGGAGGGGUGUGGUUGCCAUAGCGACAGGGCUGGGACGCCGCGGCCUAGCGCAGGGCCCGGGCCCGGCGCCUCCUCCCUGCGGUUCCCGCCGAUUCCUCCGAUCCCCCCCGAUUCCCUCUGGUUCCCCAGCACUCCUGGGGACCGUCGGGCCCGGGGGGUACCGUGCUGGUCCCUCUCCAGCAGCCUGUCCCAGUAGGGCGUUCCCUCCAUCCCAGGCUCGGUGACCCCAUCGGUCCCUGGCCUGGUGGCCCCGUUGUUCCCAGGCGUGUCCCCCCGGCCCGGCCCGGCCCGGCCCGCACCAUGGCGCACCUCCUGGGCCACCGCGGCUGCAUGGAGAGCCUGCGGGCCGACCUGCGGGACCUGCAGGCCGCCAUCGCCGACGUGUCCUCCCGGGCUGGCGCCGUGCGCUUCCCCUCCUGGAAGUUCCCCGACAAGGUGUCCUGCGACCUGGACAUGUCGGUGCUGCUGCAGCGCUACAGGCACAGCGAUAGCGACCCCGUGUUCAGCCAGCACGCACACAUGGUGCUGCUGGAGCUGCUCGUAGACAGGCUGCUGCUGCUGCUGCAGAGCUUCACUGGGUACGUGGAGAUGGUGCUGAGCGGGCGGGCGCUGCCGCCGGCGCGGGGCCUGGGGCCCUGCAUGUCCGCGGGGCUCACGGCCAGGACCUUCUGGAGCACCAUGUUGAAACUUGGCGCCUUCUGCCAGCAGCUCCGGGAUGAGGAGAAAGAUUGCAGGCAGGAGACCCCCACACGGCAAUCCACUCCACCCCCUGCUCCCCAGGCUGGGAAACCCGAGAAGGAGCACCUGAAAUGCUCCUUGCCAGAUGUUUUGGAGUCAGGAACUGCCCCAGAAGCUGCCCAGUCCCCUUCUGUGUGCCCAUGUCCCAGUGUCCGUGUGCUGGGCAGCUCAGGCAGCUCCCAGGCCAGGGCUGGCCCCAGCCCAGCUCCGAGCACCCGCAGUGUUCCCACACAGACCUCGGGGUCACCCCUGGGCUCCUGUGACACCUGCUCCAGCACCCAGGCCAGCCUCCACGAGGUGGGCAGAGCCAUCACCAGCAUCUGCCAGAGCCAGAACAUCCCCUCGGCUCUCAGCAAAUUCCAGGAGGUGCUGGAGGACAGCACAGGGAGAAGGAACCUCUCUGCAACAGACGUGAGCUACUGGGCCUCGGCGCAGAGCAAGGACCUCUCCCGGAUCAGCAAACACCUCCAGGGGCUGCUGCAGCAGGUGAACCCUGUGAAGGCUGAGCUGGAAGAGAUGGGCAAACAGAAGGAAAAGCUGCAGAAACAGGUCCACGACUUUUCCAGGAAGCUGCAGAAACAGGUAGAGGACUUUUCCAGGAAGCUGCAGGCAGAGAAGGACACCCAAGCAGAGCAGCAGAGGAAGGCUGAGCAGAGCCUGAAAGCCAAGGACAAGGAGCAUUCCGAGGCUGUGGCCAGGCUGGAGCAGGACAAGGAUGACCUCCGAAGAGGAGCUGCCGUGCUGGAGGAGCGACUCUCGGCCCUGCAGGAGGAGCUGGCAGCGAAGCAGGCGGCUGUGCAGGAGCUGGAGCUCUCCAAGGCCACCUUGCUGGAGGAGGUGAGGACCACGGUGGUGGCCCAGAGCCAGAUGCUGGAGCUGGAGGAGAAGGUCCAGGUGCUCAUAAGCCAGAGGGACAGCCUGGACCAGGAGCUGAGUGCCACCAGCAUGCAGCUGGAGAAGGAGAAGGUCCGUGUGGAGAGCAUGUUCCGGCACGAGGAGUCCCUGCAGGCCAAGCAGAGGAGCCUGCUGCAGCAGCUGGACAGCCUGGACCAGGAGCGUGAGGAGCUGCAGGCCAGCCUGGGAGAGGCCGAGGAGGAGAAGGCCCGGCUGGCGGAGCAGCUGGAGCAGAGCCAGGAGCAGAGUGGGAAACAGCUCCAGGUACAGCAGGAGCUGCUGGACACGCUGCAGCAGGAGAAGCUGGCCCUGGAGCAAUGCAUCCUGGAGCUGCAGGCGAACACAUCUCAGCUGGAGGAACAGGCACAGGAGCUGAGGGAGCGGGAAAGGCUUCUGGUGUUCUUCCCUGACCUCCACAUCCCCACUGAGACGCAGUUUGAGAGCAGUGGGAACUUGACAGAGGACAUGGAGAGUCAGCUCCAGGCCAACAACAUCCGGAUUGAGGUGCUGCAGCGGGAGAACGCGCAGCUCGAGGCUCUGCUCACCAAGGUGAAGGUGGCUGCUGAGCAGGGCAUGCUCAAGCUUGUCCCACAGGCCCAGCUGGGGUCCCAGCUCCACAGGGAGGCCAGCAGGCAGGACACUGGCUUCUCUGCUGAGCACAGGUGGCUCAGCAGCAGAAGCAGCAGGAACAGCACAGGGAUGUCGGGAUGCAUUGACAAGGCCUGGCAUGGAGCAGCCAGCAACCAGCACUCCAAGCAGCUCCGGGCAGAGCCCACAUUCCAGGGCAAGCCCUGCCUAACACUCCCAGUGCGCCGCCUGGUGCUUGGCCUCCCCUCACACCCCACCGGGGCUAACCGCAAAUAAACAUUUAUCAGUCUGCA